AGAUAAUGAUGUAGAAUCUACAGUAGGAGAUGGGGCUUACAAUUUACCAAAGUAUUACUCCUGCAGAUAGACCAGUAGAACAGGCGACCGAUGGAGCUAUAUGUGGAUCAGGGCACAAUUACCAAAUAAGGAAAUGGUUGGGUGUCCGCAGAUCAUCCUGGCUUCUAUUCUUCUAUGUACUUGGAUACAGUGCAUAUCUAAUUGGAGGCAGUUUUCUUUUCUGCUCAAUAGAAAUGGACAACGAGCAGCAUCUGAAAUCAGAUAUAAGCCGGAGAAAGGAAGAGUUUGUCCUCAGAUAUCCUGAGGUAGACCCAGAGGACCUUGAGAACCUUAUCUCAGAUAUAACCUAUCACGGGAUAAGUCCUCUGGAGAAAAGUAAAAAUAAUUCUAACUGGAGUUUUGGACAAAGCUUCUUAUUCACAGUAACUAUUGUUACUACAAUAGGAUAUGGACAUAUUAACCCUGUGACACCAGCUGGUAAGUUGACCUGCAUAGUCUACGCUAUACUGGGAAUCCCCUUCACUCUGAUGUUCCUCUCCGCUCUGGUUCAACGCCUGCUAUCUCCCACCUACAGUUUUCUGUCGAGUCUACUAGAGAAAUUAUCUAACUUUGGUCAUCUAGAGGUUAGACUUGUGCAUCUCGCAACCAUGGGAACUAUCUUUAUAUUACUGGCAUUUCUAGCACCUUCAGUUGUUUUCUGGGCACUGGAGCCGGGUUGGAGUUUUCUGGACUCUGUAUACUUCGUUUUCAUUUCUCUGACAACCAUAGGACUUGGUGACUACAUUCCGGGUGAUAGCGAUGAAACACUGUUUUACAGGGACCUGUAUAAGACUAGUGUUGGUAUAUAUCUGCUGUUUGGUCUAGUUAUGCUGUCCUUAACUUUGACAGUUUACUACGAUAUUCCUCAGCUAAAUCUGGGACUACAUCUACAUAGACACAGGGAUAUCUAUACCGGAGAAAGGAAUGGUGGAAGAAACCACAAGGUAAAGGAUAGUGAACUAAGUACCCACACCAACUGUACCCAAGAUGACGGAGAACUGAAUAGUUUAGUAACUAAAUAAAGAAAUGAUGAAGAAGGAGGAGGAUAAUACUCAAUUAUUUCGAAUUGAACUUGAGAACAAUAAGCUGACUCUAGAGCUCAUCUGAUUCUUUACAAGAACGACUCAAGACGAAGUUCAAAUAACGUCAGCUGUUCCGACACAAGAACAGCUGAUUCUACACGAAAACAGCUGAUUCUACACGAAAACAGCUGAUUCUACACAAAACAGCUGAUUCUACACAAACACAGCUGAUUCUACACAAGUUCAGCUGAUUUUACAGUAGUUCAACGGAUUUGAGCCAAGUAACAAAAAUACUAGAUUGAACAUAAGAUCCGCUAAAUAUACACAAGAUCCGCUGUUUAGUCACAAAAUCCGCUGUUUAAACACAUCCGCUAUUCAAACACAAGAUUCUUUGAUUAAACAGAAAAUCCUCUAAUUUAACACAAGAUCCGCUGUUUAAACACAAGAUCCGCUGUUUAAACACAAGAUCCGCUGUUUAAGCACAAGAUCCUCUAAUUUAACACAAGAUCCGCUGUUUAAACACAAGAUCCGUUGAGUAGCAAAAGAACCCUGAUUAUACAAAUCCGCUGUUUAAACACAAAAUCCUUUGAUUAAACACAUAUCCUCUAGUUAAACAAAAGAUCAGCUGUUUAAACCAAGAUCUGCUAAAAAAAUACGCUGAUUAAACAAAAGAUCCGCUGUGGACACACAAGAUCCGCUGCUUAAACACAAGAUCCUCUUAUUAAACACAAAAUCCGCUGUUUAAACAUAAUUGGUUCUUUAAUUAAACACCAGAUCCGCAGAUAAAACGUUAAAUUCUCUGAUUAAACACACUGUAUUGCACAAAAUUCGCUAAGUGAAGACAUUUUCCGCUAAUUAUGUCACAUGAUCCGCUAAUCAAAUACAGAAUCCGCUUAUUGAACAAAAGAUCCGCUGAUUGAACCCAAAAUCCCCUUAUUAGACACAGGAUUCACUGAUUAAACUAAAAUCCCCUGAUUAUACACAAACCCCGCUAUUCAUGUUUUUGCAUGACUUUAAUUUGAUUUGCACUUUUAAACACAUUUGCUAAAUUCAUUUAAAACUAUAGCACCAAAACUAUAUUAAUUAUUAAUUAUUAAUUAUUAACAGAAUAAAACUUCUAAUGCUGAGCUCUCAGUGCAGUGAAUUCCACAAGUUUCUUGCGCAAUUAAUUGUUGCAGCUACAACAAUUAUGGUUUUCGCGUAUUUCUUUUUCCGGGAAAUUAUUUUUCGCUAAAACUAUUUUUUCAGAAUAUCGCGUCGUUUUCGCAUUUUUUCUCUUCAUUCAUUUUCGAGAAAAAGUUUGUUAAAUAAGAACAAAAAUUUCUCAUUUUUUCGAGAAAGUCCUCGUUCGCUGGAACCCUAAUCAUGAAUAGACAAUUUGUUAUGAACAGCUAGGUAGUAUAAUAUCAUGCUCCUGCAGAUUCCUGUUAUAUUUGACAAUGUAACAAGAUAUUUGCUGAGAUUGGAAUUUGAUCUAAAACCUGUUCUACAAGAAUUGUCAAAUAUGAUCCAAUCAAAUUUAGUUAAUAUUGAUAAAGUAAAUUCUAAAACACAUUUUUUUAAAACCCUAAUAGCACCAAAAUAUAAUUUAUUGUCAACUGUUUUUUGAGAAACCAAAGUUGUAAACGAAUGCCAAAAUAUUCAAUAUCAAAUAAAAUAUAUCAUAUUUAAUUUAAUAAGAAAUCUGCCAAAAAAAAACCAAAAAAAUGUUUAAAUACGCACGUCAUGUAAAAAUACUGUUCCAAUAAAUUUAUAGAUUAUA